AUGGAGGAAAGCGGGGCGGGUGAGGUCCUAACUAAAGUAGUUUAUCGCGAAAAGCAAUUACGUGAGAUGCAAAAGCAAUGGCACAACUUAACCACCCUGCUUAAAUAUUCUAAUGUAACCCCCUUCAAGGAUAGAAACGAUGCGGGCUAUAUUUGCGCUUAUUGCUUUAAAACCUACCCCGAUCCCAAUGUCCUCAGACAUCACACUCACUUCGAUCAUGUUAAAGAGAAACCUACAUACAAAUCUGGCUCGGGCAUGAGCAGUUUUGUAGCCUUUUUGGACAUAGUUGACCUAAAAUGUACAAUAUGCGAGCAAAGUAUGGAGAGUAUCAACAGUUUAACGGAGCAUUUGGUCAAAGAACACGACAAAAAGUAUUAUUUAGGUGUCACAGACUAUUUCCAACCGUUCAAACUGACGCGCGAACAAAUGAUGAACUGCUGCCUGUGCGGGGAGAUAUUUCACAACAUGAAAUUGUUGAUGCAACACAUGAAUGUACAUUACCGCAACUUCAUUUGCACAAUCUGUGGUGCGGGAUUCGUUAACAGCUUCCGACUGAACAGGCAUGAAACAACGCAUGGAAAAAAGAAGUCUAGUUUCACAUGUCGACACUGUGGGCAAGUGUUUGCAGCUGAGUCCAAGAAGAAAGCUCAUGUGAACACUGAACACAAAGGCAUUGCUGGUGACAGCGUGUGUCAAAUAUGCAAAGCUCGAUUUAAGAAUUAUUACCAAAAAACAAGGCACAUGAUGCAAGUCCAUAACGUAGAAGGCAUCAAAUGUGAUAUGUGCGAUAAGAAAUUCAAUUUAAAAUCGAAUUUGGUGUUGCACAUGCGAAGUGUCCAUCUCAAAGAGAGACCCUACGAAUGUUCUGUUUGUAGUAUGGGUUUCUUUAUAAAAAGACAUAUGUUAGGGCAUUAUAUGGCAACACACACGAAUGAGAGGAAAUUUAAGUGUGACGUGUGCGGAAAAGCGUAUGCCACACAAAAUAGUCGGAGGAAACAUAUGAAAAAGAAUCAUGGUAUCUCCAAAAACACGAUAUUGCCGCCUAAUGUAGUCAAGCCAAAC